GGACCCAUGGGACCCGAGGGUCGUGCUGGUGCUAGCGGCCCUGAUGGACAGCCGGGUAAGCCCGGAUAUGCCGGAGCUCCAGGCGAGGUCGGUGACCUUGGUCCACGAGGUCCUCCUUCUACACGUCAAUCGUCAAAGGCUGGUGUUCGAACGUUGACGACCAUCGCCCGUAUCAAGACCGAUCUUUAUUGCGUUCUGGUGGGCCAGCCCUUGUUCCUCGUCUGCCGAGACAGUGGUUGGUACGAUAGUAUGGACGAAUUCGCCUCUAGUGAAUUCGGGGUUACGGGACGCCUCGGUGCAUGUUUAACAUAG